AUGGCGUUUGCAUCCUGUUCUGCAGUUGAAACCCUGCGGCCAAUGAACCCCUUCCCCGUCUCGCCGCCUGUAUCGACCCCACAUCCUAAGAGACGAUCUGGUACUCACACAAACUCGGUCCGAGAUCGCACCGUUGUCGUCUUUGACUGGGACGAUACGCUGUGCCCGAGCUCGUGGUUACACGCGCACGACCUGCUACCCAAGUACCGUGGUCACCAGAUUUCUGUGACGCCUGAUCAGCGUGAGGUGCUUAACCUCAUUAGCGCGCACGUCGCGCGGCUUUUACAGAAAGCUGUGGCCUACGGUCCCGUGUUUGUCGUGACCGCCGCCGAGUACGGCUGGGUCGAAAUGUCGUCCGCUUUGUACUUGCCGGACGUGCAGAGUGUGUUAGCACUUGCAGAUGUACACAUUGUAUCAGCCCGGAGCUGGUACGAACAGACGUUUGGACUUGACGGAGACUCGGCGACUUGGAAGCAGGAGGUCAUGCAGCUUAUUGCCCGCAAAUGUUUUGCAGCCGCAGCUGCUGAGGAGACGAGUGUAAACGGUAAUCGGUCAUUUCGGCCAGCCAGUGCCCCACGGGACGCCUACUUUAACUUUCUCUCGGUCGGAGACUCGAUGGCAGAACGGGAUGCGUGCUUUGCCGCGGUAGAGAACGUGUGUCGUACGUUUGCCAAGACGCUCAAGUUUGUGGAACAUCCAACUGCCGAGGAGGUACUGCAGCAGGUGGAACUUACACACGACUCGUUCGAGCAAAUGUGCAGCUGGGAUAACAAUCUGGAUUUGCGGUUGUCCCGAGCACAGUUGGCAGAACUGCGCGGUUCGCGUCUUUAA